AUGAUAGAUCAAACAAAUGCCAAUUGUUCAACAGAACUUUCACAUUUUUGGUAUUUAUCUCAUACAGCACUGCUUUCGUCGUUUGAAUUAUCCGCAUAUUUUAUGUCAGUUUUUCAUGAACGGGCUCGUCAUUACGAAGUGACGUUACCGGAUGUUCUAACAACAUCGGCGUGUCCAUCGUGCGGUACAGUUUGGGUUCCAGGAUGGACAUGUUCAAUACGUUUGCAGCGUAGUUCUGCAAAACGAUAUUGGCGCCAAAAAAAAGCUAUUCGAGCAAAACAACCCCCGCCCCAGCUAAAUUAUUGGGUGCAAUAUUGCUGUCAAAGAUGUCAUCGAAUCUUUCGAUUUCAGCGCGAAAAGCAUGUCAUAUCUAAACUACAAUGUUCAAACGAAUCAUCUCCAUCUUUUUUAAAUGUUUCAAAAGGUCCUAAAACACGAGCGGAACAAAACAUGGCCAGUCGGAGAAGAAAAAAAUUACGUUUAGGCGGAUUACAAGGCAUGCUAGAUAGAAUGAUACAAGAAGAUGCCUCUAGAAAGGAAAAGGAGUUAUCUUUGGAUGAUUUUAUGCUUUAA